GCAACUGAUGUACAUCCCUUACUCAAAUGAUACUUAAGCUGAGCUUCUGACAAUUUCAUCAAAGGCCAUCUGGCAUCUCGCAUCCUCAUUUCGCAUCCUCCUUCCACGUCCACAACUCUCUCUCUCUCUAUCUUUCUUUCUCUCUCUGGCAGAGAAGAAGAAUACUCAAGGUUUUCUCAUCACACCGAAACUCUCCACUAACAUAGACUCGACCUAGUCCGGGAUCAGAUUGUCGAAUCGGCUGGACCGAAUCACCUACCUUGCCUUCAUCCCAGCAGACGCCUCCAACCCGAAUCAGGUUUCCCCCCACCUCGAGGCGCCGCACCAGCUUUCACCGGACCACCCGUCUUUGCUCGCUUCACACCUUAUCAUGCUCGCCCUAUUGUUUAUCCUGCCUCUGGUCUUGGCCGCACCAGUACCAGCCCCGAACCCAGAGACCGACCAAAAAAUGAUGCAGAUAGGAAACACCCGAAUGACUUGGACGGCGGCCGAGACAGAUCGAACCAACAACGCCUUUGACGACCAUCACGCCAUUUUUCAACGCGACGACGACCACGACGAGAUCAUGUCAAAUCCUUCUUUCGAUUCAUACUUGCCUCGUAUAGCUCCCGCAGCUUCUCCUGACGAACCAAAGCUGUACGAAAGAGACGACAUGACGAAACCCCGUCCAAAAAGCAUGCCUGUGCCUGAUUUCAUGAGGGCCGAUCAAGUCGUUUCGGAUAUCCUUCGAGCGGCCAGUGGAGCGGGUACGAACGUUGCGACGGGGGAAAACGUCGGUGGGAAGAAGGCGAAGGCCAAGCGUGACCUCUCUCUCGCAGAAGCCAUCGCAGGGAUAUCUUCAAAGAUCAUGCACAGCAUGCACGAUCUAUAUGGCCCUGCUGCCGCAGACAAGGCUAAACGGAGCAUGGGGACUGGCGAAGACGAGCAAGGAAUGAGAAGGCAAGGACUGGUUGUCCAGAAACGCCGAGCUGGUACUCUGCGUUCAAGACAUCUGCACCCAUAGAAUAGUGCAUACAUCAUAGCUGGGCUGGUCCCUCUGUGAAAUAUGCAUACAGAUAUAGAGUAUAAAACAGAUGUACCACUGGC